AUGUCAUCACAGUUUAACUUAACGCAGCCAUUAUUCGGAACAACAAACACCAAUUUGGCUGGAACCAGUUCUAACACGCUUGCAACCGGCCUCAAUAGCCAGGAAGCAUUCCAGAACACACAAAUAACAAAUUUCCAGCCUCUACAAAAUGUAGAUUCAGCAAUUACAAUACUCCACCUAACAACCCUGAUACCGCAAUGGAAAGGACAUUUCGAUAUCAUAGAGAAAAUGAUACUUUCUCUGGACCAGUCGAUAACGAGCGUGGAAGAAGUAAUCGCACAAAUGGACUCAAACCUGUACAUUUUCCUGGGCACAUACAGCCUCACGAAGGGGAUGUUGAAUAACAUAACAAUCCACCAGAUCAUUUUCUUCAAGGAAGUUAACGAUAUGCUGGCCCACCAUCACGUUCAAAACUGGUUAACAGUGAGAGCGAGAAGACAGUGUGAAUCAGCAGUGAAAAAAGAACAAGAAAAUGAAGGAAAUAACCACCAAGUGCCAAAUAACCUGUCGGUGGAACUGUCGAAAAAGAUGGUUGAAAUGGUAAGGAAGCUAAUAGAUAAGAUAAAUGACGUAAACGAAGAAGUUAAAACCCUGAUGGAAUUGGACCUGCUUCAAGUGCCAAAUUACAUAAACUCAGUGGUGGAAAGCAGUAAGACCAGGAUCAUCAAAAUAUCUGAGAAGCUAACAGACCUGCUGAACGACAUAGACUAUCGCAAAAAUUCAACAAGGAUCACAGAUCCACCAUUAGCACUAAGGGAAACGGCUAUCAUGAAUGGAAAAGACAAAAAAGAUUCUAAAAAUACCAAUAAAAAUGGGUAUGAGUUGAUUCUGGGUAAUCCAGUGAAGAUAUUGACUUCACCAGGAAAUCAGAGCGAGUUGAGGAAGAGGUUCAUGGACGCAUUGGGAAUUAAGCAGAAGAGGGUCACGAUCGUGUCAGAAAUGAACCAGGUGAAGAUGCAAAUAAGAUACCUAAGAAAGUUCAACACAUCUUACGACGAUAAACAGCUACCUUCUCUCAAGGAUAAGGGAAUCAACAUAACUGACAUCCUGGGUCCAAUGCAGCAGAAUCAAACAAUGCUUACUCAGGGAGCAAGGCCUACAGAUUUGACGGGGACCACAAUGGGCAGCCUUUUACCAUCUGGAGGGGGCACCGGUAUCUUUGGUGCAACUACGGGUACCGGUACGAGUAACUUGUUCGGCUCAACUACCUCAGGAUUUGGUACUACUGGUGCUACUACUGGCAGUUCCAACUUGUUUGGUACUACGGGCACUGGUACUAGUAACUUAUUUGGCACUGGUGCUGGUACUACCACAGGUACUAGUAAUUUGUUUGGAACGACUUCUGGCACUACUACGGGUACUAGUAAUCUUUUCGGUGGUACUACAACUGGUGCCAGUAACCUAUUUGGAAGCACAACUGGUACUACGACUGGAACUAGUAAUUUGUUUGGUAGCACACCUGGUACGACUACUGGUACUAGUGGUUUGUUUGGAACCACACCUACUACCACUGGUACAACUGGCACUAGUAACUUGUUUGGAACUACUAGUGGAACCACUGGUUUAUUUGGUACUACUAGCACAACACCGACGACUCAAUUUGGAUCUACGACUACAGGAUUUGGAGCGAGUACAUUUGGAGCACCUUCACAAACGACAACUGGAAGUACUUUUGGUGGUGGAAGUACCUCAGGAUUUGGUACUACUGGUGCUACUACUGGCAGUUCCAACUUGUUUGGUACUACGGGCACUGGUACUAGUAACUUAUUUGGCACUGGUGCUGGUACUACCACAGGUACUAGUAAUUUGUUUGGAACGACUUCUGGCACUACUACGGGUACUAGUAACCUUUUCGGUGGUACUACAACUGGUGCCAGUAACCUAUUUGGAAGCACAACUGGUACUACGACUGGAACUAGUAAUUUGUUUGGUAGCACUCCUGGUACGACUACUGGUACUAGUGGUUUGUUUGGAACCACACCUACUACCACUGGUACAACUGGCACUAGUAACUUGUUUGGAACUACUAGUGGAACCACUGGUUUAUUUGGUACUACUAGCACAACACCGACGACUCAAUUUGGAUCUACGACUACAGGAUUUGGAGCGAGUACAUUUGGAGCACCUUCACAAACGACAACUGGAAGUACUUUUGGUGGUGGAAGUACCUCAGGAUUUGGUACUACUGGUGCUACUACUGGCAGUUCCAACUUGUUUGGUACUACGGGCACUGGUACUAGUAACUUAUUUGGCACUGGUGCUGGUACUACCACAGGUACUAGUAAUUUGUUUGGAACGACUUCUGGCACUACUACGGGUACUAGUAACCUUUUCGGUGGUACUACAACUGGUGCCAGUAACCUAUUUGGAAGCACAACUGGUACUACGACUGGAACUAGUAAUUUGUUUGGUAGCACUCCUGGUACGACUACUGGUACUAGUGGUUUGUUUGGAACCACACCUACUACCACUGGUACAACUGGCACUAGUAACUUGUUUGGAACUACUAGUGGAACCACUGGUUUAUUUGGUACUACUAGCACAACACCGACGACUCAAUUUGGAUCUACGACUACAGGAUUUGGAGCGAGUACAUUUGGAGCACCUUCACAAACGACAACUGGAAGUACUUUUGGUGGUGGAAGUACCUCAGGAUUUGGUACUACUGGUGCUACUACUGGCAGUUCCAACUUGUUUGGUACUACGGGCACUGGUACUAGUAACUUAUUUGGCACUGGUGCUGGUACUACCACAGGUACUAGUAAUUUGUUUGGAACGACUUCUGGCACUACUACGGGUACUAGUAACCUUUUCGGUGGUACUUCAACUGGUGCCAGUAACCUGUUUGGUGGCACUAAUACCGGCCCCAUGAAUCAGUUUGGAGCGAUGAAUGCACCAGGGACUACUAACAUGUUUGGCGGCAAUCCCACGGGUUCUACCAGCCUAUUCGGUGCCUCAAACCCAGGUUCCAACAGCCUGUUUGGCCCCGUCAAGAACACAACUACCGAUUCCAACUUUUUCGGAAAAGGUUCAACCUCGUCGUCUAGUUUGUUCGGGUCAAACACGAAGCAGAAGGUCCCGGGGACUGAUAUUACCGUGUACCAACCACCCGGGAACUUCGGUGGCUUCAACCAGACGCAAAAGUAG